AUGAGAAGCUCACGCUCUUCCCCACAAUCCGUGGGCUUCAAUUCGAAUUCAAACAUGGACAUUACAGAAGAAAUCAUUAGUCCUCAAGACGCGGCUGGCAUAGAAUUGGAUAAUGAAAUAGCUUCACUACAGGAACAAAUCGCGUCAUUAAAAGAUCAACGUCGCCUUCAAACGGCUACUAUCCUUUCUUCUCAAGCUUCAAAAUCCAUUUUGUCGAACUUGCGAAAGUCUUCCUCUAAAACGAAAUCCGCCCAAUUUACUACUCCUACAGACUCCGAUCCACUGCUUGCGACUUCUGUAGCUCAAACAACUCAUAAUCUCGAGAAUCUAUAUCGCGCAUGCGCAUCAAUUACAUCCUUCCAAAUCAAAGAUCCGGACCCGAAUGCUGUGGACAAUGGGCAUAUAUUGGGACUUCGAAUUGAAGCCAGCAGUUCGGGGAAAUUUGUUCGACCUUAUUACAUAAUGUUAAAUAAACCAUACUCUGGAUCAGCAGCACUGAGAAUACAUCGGCAUACAGUGCCUCCAUGUAUCCCUUUGGCUAGCCUGGCUGCGAAAUAUUUGCCUGCUCCUAAAGUCGCUGAGGGUAUCGUCAAAGAGAAACGACAAGAUUUGACUGCGUUUGUACGGAAAUUACGGCGAGAGAUUACGGGUUAUCAUUUACGUGUGGCGUCCAUCAAGCAUCUACGAAAAGGGUUCUCUUUGGAUGAGAAACUAAGCAGGAAAGGAAAAGAAAAGGAGCGAGAGAUCGCAGAUAUCAGUGCUGCUGAUGCAGAAGCAAAGCAAGUGAGGAUUGAGUGGAUAGAUGGCAAGGUUGGUAGAUGCGUUGUAGGGAUGAAUGGGGAAGUCGUCAAAUGUGUCAUAAUCGGAGAGGAUGGGCGUGAUCGUGAGACGGAAAGAAGGGUCUUGGGCGGUGACAAAAGAAUGGAGGGAAUCGCUGACAGAUUGAUGGAGGAGGCUCUCUUAGAAAUUCUGGAAGGCACGAAGACUUUGAGACUCUCUCGUGUGUUAUGCAGCUACCAGAAUUGCAGUUUCCUUACUAUAUGCUUCAUUUUUCCCUGGCUGUCACAGCAAUGCACAUUUGAUCAUUGUCGGUCUGGCGAUGCUCGAUCUUCAGACCAAUCAUAUUCAGUUCCUGCUUUAGGAGAAUUUAACUGGCCAUACUCCUCAGUCAACACUGCGUUCAGUAGUGUUGGCUGCACGAAAUCAGAUUCAUCAAGCAUCAAGCUUUUGGCGGUCUUCACAGUACUCUUUCCUUAUAUUCCUACAUUUAACUACACAGAAGAUGUCAGAUUUGCAAUGGCGAUAAAUAAAGCUCAGUAG